UGACGCUCUGCUCUGUGUGGACGCUCUUAAAACCCCGUCUCCCCAAAAUCUUCACUGCGCCAAAGCCCCUCUUCCUCUCUCUAUAUGGCGUUGGACAGAGAAAAGCUUGAGGAAGAAUCUGUAAUACGCCGCUUCUAUCAGAUUAUUCUUAGUUGGGACUACUUUCGUCUCCUCAAGGAAUCCAAGAAGCAGAAGAACAAUGGGGGAGAGUCUGGGGAUGGAGAUGCAUUGAGACUGCCCAAAGUGAAGUCUCAGUAUAAAGACGUUGAUGAAUAUGUCUCUACUUACGAGCCUCUUAUUUUUGAAGAAGCAAAAUCUCAGAUUAUUAAGCAGAACGAGGACGAAGAGGUCACUGAAUGGAAGUUAGGUGUAGUAAAGAGUUGCACAGAGGCAGAUGGGUUUCAUUUUAUUGAACUUCCUUGUGAGAUCAAGGAGGGUGAGUCAGUAUCGCAGAAUGAUCUUCUACUACUUUCAAAAGAAAAGGAAGGAUCUAGGAAACCAUUGGCAUUGUCCUGGACAUGGGACGCAAAAUUGACAUGGACAUUGCAGCACAACAAAUCUGAAUUUCUGAAUGGUAAAAAAUUUCCUACUGUGUAUGCAUUUGCUUGGUGGAGCACAUACGUAGAUUUUCUGAGGCCAGACUUCUACGAGUCAGACUCUAUCUGGCUGGAGAGUUUUCACAUUUUAAUACAAAUGAUGCAAAGUCUUGCCCAAGACUGUUGA